GACCAGACUCGGAGCUCAGGACACGCGUCGGUUGGACGUCACGAAACCACGUGUAUUUAGAAAGUCUCGCUCAGUGAAGUUGUAAGUUAGAACGACGGGCACACCGUCACUUUGAGGAGUUGUUUUUUUUUUGUGUGCGCGCCACUGUGCGGCGGUGUUUUCACCCGAGUGUCCCUCGCCUCUCAGCCCGUGGAUGAAGCACUCGGGCUCGGGAUCAGAGCGCGGCUGGAGCCGCCUGUCGUAGAGCACAGAGGCUUCUUUUCAGACAAUGAAGAUGGAUUUAUCUGCGCUGAUCUUGCUCUCCGUGCUGUGCCUUCCACCUCUAACUGAAGCAGCUCCCUCUCUGACCACCGAGCAACUCGACAUGGGGGUGGACUGGCUGAGUAAGUUCGGCUAUCUCCCGCCCCCUGACCCAGUGAGUGGCCAGCUCCAGACCAAGGAGGCCCUCACCAAGGCCAUCAAAGCCAUGCAGAAGUUUGGAGGCCUGAAGGAAACAGGAGUCUUCGACCAAGCCACGCUCGGACUAAUGAAAACCCCCAGAUGUUCCCUGCCAGAUGUGUCGGAGUCUGCCGUUUCUGUGGGCCGCAGGAAAAGAAGCCUGACUCCGCCUAACAAGUGGAAGAAGAGACACUUGUCAUGGAGAGUGAGGACAUUUCCCAAAGAUUCCGCCUUGUUGGGCAGGGACACUGUUCGAGCCUUGAUGUACUACGCCUUAAAAGUCUGGAGUGACAUUGCUCCUCUGAACUUCCACGAGGUGGCCGGCAGUGACGCUGACAUUCAGAUCGACUUCACUAAGGCCGACCACAAUGAUGGAUAUCCGUUCGACGGGCCGGGGGGCACGGUGGCUCACGCUUUCUUCCCCGGGGAGAGAUUCACUGCCGGGGACACUCACUUUGAUGAUGAAGAAGCUUGGACUUUCAGAGCACCAGAUUCUCACGGGAUGGACUUAUUUGCCGUUGCCGUCCAUGAAUUUGGCCACGCCAUCGGCCUGGUCCACACCUCCACCAUCGAGUCCAUCAUGAGACCAUACUACCAAGGUCCGGUGGGAGACCCUCUCAAAUACGAUCUCCCCUAUGAAGACAAGGUCCGAGUCUGGCAGCUCUAUGGGGUCCGUGACUCAGUGUCACACACCAACCAGCCAAACAGCCCAACUCAGACGUCAGACCCUCCAGUCCUGCUGGACCUGCCUGAAAACAAGUCUACAACACUGCUGGAGCGGGACACCCCAGACAGAUGCGACGCCAACUUUGAUGCAGUGGCCCAGAUACGAGGGGAGGCUUUCUUUUUCAAAGGGAAGUACUUCUGGCGUCUUACUCGAGAGAAGCACUUGGUGUCUCUGCGUCCGGCACAGAUUCAUCGUUUCUGGAGAGGCCUGCCACCCAGUUUGGACAGUGUAGACGCUGUCUAUGAGAGGCCUGGAGACCACAAGAUUGUUUUCUUCAAAGGUCAAAAAUAUUGGAUCUUCAAAGACAACAUCAUGGAGGAGGGCUACCCUCGUCCCCUCAGCGACUUUGGAUUACCGCUGGAAAGUGUCGACGCUGCAUUUGUUUGGCUUCACAACGACAAGACCUACUUCUUCAAGGAGGGUCGCUACUGGCGAUACGACGACCACCUCAGGCGCAUGGACUUGGGUUACCCGAAGGACAGCGCUCUUUGGAAAGGGCUGCCGCCACACGUUGACGACGCCAUGAGGUGGUCCGAUGGCUCCACAUACUUCUUCAAGGGGAAGGAGUACUGGCGGGUGCCGAGUAGCGACAUGGAGGCUGAGGCAGGCUUCCCCCGCCUCAUCGCCAAAGACUGGCUCCUGUGCACCGAGAUUCAGUCCGACUCCCCGGACACUGGAUCCAAAACCACAGGGACAAGAGUGAGGGUGCAACAGCACCCCGACCAUGCAGAGAACGGAUUCGAGGUCUGCUCCUGCACCUCGGACUCUGCCUCACAUUUAGGCUACCGGCUGUCGCCGUCCCCUCUCUGGCUGUUGCCACCGAUCUGGACCAUUUCCCUCUCCCUGAAAUCUGAAUUGCUAUGAUGCCAAAGCAUGAGCGAGAGGACACAACCUGUCAUCUUCAUUAUCGCAAUAUUGUGUUUCUAGUUUAGCUGCUGUUUACUUGCGAACGUUAUUGGCAGCACCUGACAGUGCUUUGUCGUUGUUUUUUUCUUGAAUGCAUUUGUUGCCUGGCAGAGCGCAGUGAUUGAACACACUCCAAUGCAGCUAAACCAGCAUAUGAGUUGUGUGCCACGUCAAGGCAGCUGACCCGAACCAUGAGAUGCACCUCUCACAGUGCAAGGCAAUGAGAUUAUGUGUCAGUAAGCAUCUUUAAAUUGACAAAGAAGAGGUUUGUGAAAUAUAUUUAUGGCCUCAGAAGGGAUAAAACAAUAACUAGAAUUCACAUCAAAACAACAUGAUUUGACCACAUGGCACAACAUUAAAGGAAUAUUAACACCAGGGCUUGACAACAGUUUUAGGGACAGAUAUUACUGUAAGACAAUGUCAUUUUAGUUUGAGUGAGGUUGACGCAAAGAAUGGAACACAAAAUGGUCAAUUCACAGCUUUGUAAUGUCACCAGCCUAACAUGAUGUCACCAAAACUAACAUUUAUAGUCACAAGUUUUUAUUUAUCUAAGUGGAUUUUAGCGUUCAGUGUUGACGCCAAUGUUAGCCUUCUGCGCCGCAUGUUGACGCAGAGGUGUUUCAGUGGACUCAAACUGUGGGGUUGGGGUUAGGAUGUGCGCGUCUAGACGAUGGGCUGCUUUCGUCUGUACUUAGUCUUCACACUUUCUUCGGAACCAAGCCGGUCCAUGAUGUGAACACAAACAAACCUGGCUUUGGCCCCGGAUUUGAGUCCAUCUAGAUCUAGAGAGUCUGAUCUAGAGAGAUAUGAUCGAGAGAUUUGAUUGGUCCUGGAUGCUCUGAGCAGGUGAGAUUUUGCUGUGUAAACUAUGAAAGCAGCACGACGCUCCACCAGAUGUUGAUGGAACACGAGUAGUUAACUGUCACAGUGUGAGCUGACACCAUGAUACAAAGACAAAACACGUGUGUUGAUGGUAGGGAUGUUCGUACAGACGAUCGUACAGGAGUUCGUUCGUCGUACACAAUAUACCGCCAAAAAACAUUUCCGAGAUGAUAAUUCUGCAUCUUACGAUAAAUUCCUCCUAGGUCCUCAUAGGUUCUAUGACGCGGUCGUCUGCCUUGGUUGAUAUUAACACAUACAUGUCUCCAGCUGCGCGGCACCUCGGCAAAACACUGUGGUGAAAACGGUUGGAUAUUGGACGGACCUCUGCUCCGGUGUUGGCGGCGGCAUCCUGUUCCGCGUCCCCAGUUAGGGUUCACUCUCACAGGGCAGCACUAAUGCUACAACCAUCAGCAUCAGUUAGGGACCAUCAACAAUGUCUCAUUUGGUUAAAGUAUUAGUGAAAUCUUCAAUAAGGCAAUGAAAAACAACCAUCUUAAGAGAGAGAAUUGUGAAAAGGUUUUUCAUCACACAAGACAAAGGACUGACAGUUUGUACAAUGGUUUUUAGAAUAGAAUAUGACUAAAUGAUCAUUUAUUCAUAUUAUUUCUAAUAUUUCGUCAAUAGCAUCGAGGAAAUGUGUCCAGACUGGUCCAUAGCUCAAGUCAACUGUUAAGAGACGUGAGAUACAGCAGACAGACGUCUCAAUUUCACCCCUAAAUAAAGCUGGCAGAGCAGUCUGUCAGAUACGACAUGGUUCUAUCAGAGACGUGAAACAUGGAAUUUCUCAUCCCUACACUUAGUUAACUAUUAUAUUUAAACAUAAACAAAAAAUGAUGUUGGAGACAAACUCCACUAAUAAGUUUCACGAGAGACAGUACUGUGUCCAACACAUGGAAUAGCAUGAAAAUGUAUUUAUCGUAAUCAUUAUUACAAUAUGUUGUCAUAUCAGUGAUAUGACAACAUUUAUCAUGAUAGUUUGGAUGAUGAUGUGGGGUUUUCAACUUCACCAGCGAAUGUUCAAUGGAGAGCAGGAAUCUGCACAGCAUGACCGAGGUCUUCAGUUACUGCCUGUUUCUCUAUAAACAGACGGCCUAGAGGUCAUAAUAAUAAGGAUGCUAGUUGAGACUGAUGAGGACUCCUUGUGUUUCGUACUGAUAGACAAAUAAGGUGAGCAACGCAACACAUCAAGACAGAGUAGGAAAGAUGUUUGACUUGCCAGUGUGUUCAGAUACCACUGACUAAUAAUGAUUUCAGUGAGUUGCGAGUGGGGGUGGCGGUGCUGUCUAUACCAAGUGACAUGAAUGUCAUCACAGAGUGAAAGGAGCACCGUCCCGUGGUUGGUUGUUUUUGCGUGAUCCUCCACCCUCAGCGUCGGGACAUGCCACAGGUGGCAGAACAUGUGCCUCGGCUGAGCACCUAAUGCGUCGACAUGCAGCGUGAAUGGCUGACUUCUGUGUCACUCUCGGACACAAAGGUGCACUUGCAGAUGUUUGCUAUUUCACUCCUUGCAAGUGAGAAUGUGCGGCAGGAGCAGCUUUUGUCAAGUCAUUAUUUUCCUGACCAUUUUGAAUUGUUGGGUAGAUGGAAGGGUCAGACCAGUUCGGCUCUGCAGCACCUGUUAUUUCCCCUUUACGGAAGUCAUCAUCCUCAUCCAUACUUGAUAGGGUUGGGUUUUUGGUUUUUUUGCAUUUCAGGUGGAAAGGCAGUAAGAGAGAACUCAGGCAUGACUCCCUGCACUCUUGCAAAAACACAGCAACCGUUUUUCUUGCUCUUCUGUAUAUUCUUUAAAAAUAUGUGUAUCGAAUGUUCUCCAUACUUGAAUCAAAGAGAAUAUCAUUACAACGAUCUGCAAAACAGAUUGCUGCCACUAAGGAUCGGUACGUUGGUGAGCUGAAUCGACGCCUAAGAUCUGAACUGGCCUCAUCUCUCGCAAUCAGUCUGCAAACCCAUAAUGAGGGAGCUUCAAAGAAGGACAGGAGAUCAGAUGGAUGGACUGUCUGUGGCACUUUCCGCAGACAAAUCCCACUACUCUCAUCUAAAGUGACAAACUGCUGCUCGGAUAUGGAUUCCUCAACACUUCUUCACUUUUACGCCUGGUCCAGAAACAUUCCCUGAUUUCACUUCUCUCACAGGUCCAAUUAUGUACGUUUAUUCGCCGUAACACACAGAUCGUGUCGGUGGGUUCUAACAGCCUUUUUGGCGCUCGGAUAUAUUCUUGCUGUAAAGAUACAUUUGCAUAAAGACUGAUAUAUUUCAGGCGUAAGAUUCCGCAGUUGAGUCUAAAGUUGGAAUGUGUAUAUUUUGAACUGUUUUAUAAUGUAAUAUAUUUUUUGUAGAAAAAUAAA